UCGUCUUCCUGCAGCCCAAGCAGAGGAAAGCGCCUCAUCUUCACUAUAUCCUCCAAGAUGAAAUCGGUGGUAGUCCUUCUCUUCUUUGUUGCCGUCCUUAUCGCCGGCAUCGCAGCACCAGCCGCCGCUGAACGGAGUGAAGAGGAGGUCCGACUGCUCUACGAGGGGUGGCUUGUGAAGCACAAGAAAUCAGUCAACGCCUUGGAGGAGAAGGAAUCACGCUUCCAAGUGUUCAAAGACAACCUCCUGUUCAUCGACGAGCAUAACGCUGCUGCCGACGCUGGCGAGCAUACUUUCUGGCUUGGUCUCAACCGUUUUGCCGAUCUUACCAACGAGGAGUACCGCGCCAAAUUCCUCGGAUACAGGUCUGCCGGCCGCCGGCGCCGCCUAUCCGUAGCCGGAAGUGACCGAUACAAGAGCGAUUCGGGCAACGACCUGCCGGAUUCUAUCGAUUGGAGGGAGAAAGGCGCCGUCCUCCCCAUCAAGGACCAAGGCAGCUGCGGGAGCUGCUGGGCUUUUUCUACUGUUUCUGCGGUGGAAGGGAUCAAUCAGAUCGUGACCGGAGACCUGAUCUCGCUCUCCGAGCAGGAGCUGGUUGACUGCGAUACAUCGGUCAACGAGGGAUGCAACGGUGGGCUCAUGGAUUAUGCCUUCGAGUUCAUCAUCAAUAACGGUGGGAUCGACACCGAGGAAGAUUACCCUUACAAAAGCAGGGACGGCAGAUGCGACUCAUUCAGGAAAAAUGCUCAUGUGGUCAGCAUAGAUGGCUACGAAGAUGUGCCUGUAAAUGACGAGAAUGCCUUAAAGAAAGCAGUUGCUAACCAGCCGGUUAGCGUUGCCAUUGAGGGCAGCGGAAGAGCUUUCCAGUUCUAUGAAUCGGGAAUUUUCUCUGGAUCAUGCGGUCUUGAUCUUGACCAUGGUGUCACUGCAGUCGGCUAUGGCUCCGAGGAUGGCAAGGAUUUCUGGAUUGUGAGGAACUCUUGGGGCACAGAGUGGGGAGAGGCUGGAUAUAUCAGACUAGCUCGUAAUAUAGGCUUGUCAACUGGAAAAUGUGGCAUCGCAAUGGAAGCAUCCUACCCUGUUAAGACCAGCCAAAACCCGCCAAAUCCCGGGCCGUCUCCUCCAUCGCCAGUCAAGCCGCCAUCAGUUUGCGACAACUAUUACACAUGCCCUGAAAGCAGCACCUGCUGCUGUGUCUAUGAGUACAAUGGCUUAUGCUUUGCCUGGGGUUGCUGCCCUCUUGAUGGUGCCACUUGCUGCGAUGAUCACUACAGCUGUUGUCCUCAUGAAUACCCAAUCUGUAACGUUCAGGCUGGUACUUGUCUCGCGAGUAAGAACAAUCCUCUUGGAGUGAAGGCACUGGUGCGCACUCCUGCACGGCCCAAGCAGGCAUUCACCGAUACAGAUGGCCUGAGAAGCAGCGCUUGAUAACAGUAUUCCAAUAUUAUUUGGAAUUAUAGGAGGAAACAAGAGAAUGAUUUUUUACUUUAAAAUCCGCCGCUUCAGCUCCUCCAGUAUAAUUUGGUUAUUUAAACAAAACUUUAUUAUGUCCCUUGUUUAACUGUACCUUAAAGAUUGGAAGUGUGGUUGUAAAUAAGCCUUUCAAGUGUCAGCAUUCUGGGUAAAAAACUAAAGCAUAGCACGAUGUUAUGGUAUGAUAAUUUGUUCUCACAGGUCAGGUAUUUGUGUCUCUAUCAAAUUGUUACAGUUAAUGAUAUUUCCUUUUACAUGAUA